AUGAUUAGCACCAUCAGCAGAGGCCCUACUUUGGCGGGAUUAUCCCACUGGUCAAGUAAGCAAUAUGUUCGGGCUGCACAGUAUCCGCAAGUCUUUGGCAUAGAGAUCAAUCGGCAUCACAAGACGCCAAAGGGUUGGUGGGAACCCAUCACCUUUUUCGAAGAGGAAGAAGAAGGGAUCCUUUACCCCCAUGAUGACCCGAUGAUCAUCCGAGCAGAAAUCGCUGACUAUGAUGUAGGGCCGGUGCUGAUCGACACAGGAAGUUCGGUAAACGUAAUAUUUGCCGAUGCAUUCAGAGGAAUGGGAAUAGAUGACAGUCAGUCAGCAGUGUCAGGCUGUCUAUCGCCUUCGGCGUUGCCCCCACGGAAAAUGAUGGUAUAUGACCAAUUCCUCAUUGUCGACUGCCCUACGGCAUGCAACGUCAUAGUAGGACGAAGGACACUUACCGAGAUCAAGGCACACCUAUCCCCUCACAUGCUGUUAAUGAAAUUCCCAACUUGCAACGUCACAAGCGCGAUUAGAGGAGACCAACUCAGCGCACGAUCUUCCUAUGCCACAACUCUUAAAUUGGCAUCCUUUAAACCCCCCAACGAGACCAUGUAUGUCCAAGGUAUACCGAAUGGUAUAGGGCCAAUCGACGACCCAAGAGACGAAAUGCCAAUGCCUCAGGCAUAA